AUGGAUAUUAUGAAGCCAUUUUUCUUGUUCCUCUCAAUUCUAACCUUUGUGCAGUCUGUUCAUAAGGCAGCUUCAAAUUCAUCGCCCCUUGAAAACUUUCUCCAGUGUCUUUCAAACCAUUCCCUUCCUUCAAAUCCUACAUCUAAUGCCAUUUACACUCCAAACAACUCCUCCUUCUUAUCUAUCUUGCAUAUGCAUACAUAUAAUCACAGAUUUUCUGCACCAUCAGCACCAAAACCUCUGGCUAUUGUAACUGCUCUGCAUGAGUCUCAUGUUCAGGGCACUGUUACAUGUGCCAAGUAUAAUGGCUUGCAGAUUAGAAUCCGAAGUGGUGGCCAUGAUACUGAAGGGCUUUCAUAUGUAUCAGACGUGCCUUUUAUUAUACUUGACAUGUUUAAUCUCAAUUCAGUUGAUGUGGACAUAGCAAAUGGGACAACAUGGGUUCAAGCUGGAGCAACACUUGGUAAGGUUUACUAUAACAUUGCAGAGAAAAGCAAAGUCCAUGGUUUCCCAGCUGGGGUAUGCUCCACUUUGGGAUCUGGUGGUCACUUUUCUGGUGGUGGCUAUGGAAAUCUGAUGAGAAAAUAUGGUCUUUCUGUGGAUAAUAUCAUUGAUGCACAAUUAGUUGAUGUCAAUGGUAAAAUCCUUGAUAGAAAGUCAAUGGGAGAAGAUCUAUUUUGGGCUAUAAGAGGAGGUGGGGGGGCCAGUUUUGGUGUCAUUCUUUCAUGGAAGAUCAAAUUGGUUCAAGUAACUCCAAUGGUGACCGUAUUCAAAGUGAAAAAAACUGUGGAAGAAGGUGCUACGGAUGUUGUUUACAAAUGGCAACUAAUUGCAACAGAACUACCUGAAGAUCUUUACAUAAGAGCUAUGCCUGAAGUAGUCAAUGGUACUCAAAGUGGUAAAAAGACCGUACAAGUCACUUUUAUUGGCUUAUUUUUGGGACAAAGUGAUAAACUUUUGCCUUUGUUAAAUGAGAGUUUCCCUGAACUGGGUUUGCUUCAAAGUGAUUGCAUUGAAAUGCCAUGGGUCAAUUCCACUCUUUAUUGGUACAGUUUCCCAAUUGGAACCCCCAUUGAAGCUUUGCUUGAUGUCCCCAAAGAGCCAACUUCGAACAACUUCAAAACCAUGUCAGACUAUGUGAAAAAGCUCAUUCCAAAGACUGCUUUAGCAUCCAUAUGGGACUUUAUGAUUAGAAGUGAGAGUGUACGAAUGGAAUGGAAUCCUUAUGGAGGAAAGAUGCAUGAGAUUUCACCAUCAGAAACUCCAUUCCCUCACAGAGCUGGGAACUUGUUCUUGAUUGAGUACUUGACUUCUUGGGGGGAAGAUGGGGUUGAGGCAAAGAGUCAUUACUUGAACAUUUCAAGUGCAUUCUAUCAAUUUAUGACCCCAUAUGUUUCAAACUCUCCAAGGGAGGCAUUCCUCAAUUAUAGGGAUCUUAAUAUAGGUGCCAAUCUUCCAAGUAAUGCAACGAGCAUGGACAUCGCUCGAAUUUAUGGGAGCAAGUAUUUCCGAGGUAAUUUCGAAAGAUUAAUGAGUGUGAAAUUCAAGGUUGAUCCUGAGAACUUCUUCAGAAAUGAACAGAGUAUACCGUGUAAAAAAAUUUGUUGUGUCAUAUUAAAUGACAAAUGCAAAUCCCAUAUAUAA